AUAGAAAGUUAUAAUAUAUAUAAUAAAACGCAUCGAAAGCCCACUGGAAUACAGGACCGCGGCUAUUGGUGGUUGGGUGCCAAUUAAAUCUUACGUCCCUAUAACAUGAACAGACUGAUGGAUGGAGUGUAUCUGGCAGGUUACCUUACAGUCUGCUUUUCUUUCUAACAUUUCUCAAUAAGUGCAGUAAGUGCCUGAAAGGGACGUUCAGCCCCUCACUGAAACUAACGCGUUGUCUAUGUAUUUAACACACCGUAGACAAAGAAAUCGCUUUAUUGCUAGAAGACUGGGUGGAGUUUUAAAAGUCUAUGUUUAUUUAUAUUUAUAAUUCGGGGCAUUUCCGCCACACUUAAAGGAUCCUUGUCGGACGCUUUAUAGAACAUACUGAAAUAUCGAACGAAGGGACAGCGCCUGGGAGCGGCGAGCCUCCUAGGAGAACAUCUCGACAGCAUCGCAGGCUGGAGACUGCGUCCGUCAGCAGGUCGUCCUGCCCUUUUCUGCUUUCGCUGGGAUCCCAUGACUGCGUCCUGCCGGCCAGCCGUGUGUUUACAGCCCACAGUCGGGCAGGUAGAUGUUAAUAAGGCAGUGCAGCACGGCCAGGGGAUCCUGAUCCGCUGAAAACCAGCAGGUCUGCGCAGGGAUGGCAUCUCUCAGCCUGGGGCCGGAUUUAUUCCGAAAAAAGGGGGCAGCCAGGGCUGGACUCGUCGAAAGGAAGAACCUGAUCACAGUGUGCAGGUUCUCCGUGAAGACCCUGAUCGACCGCUCUUGUUUCGAGACCAUCGACGACGCCUCGCCAGAAUUCGUCAACUUCGUCUGCAUCCUGGAGCAGAUCCUGAGCCAUCGUUUGAAAGGGCAGGUUACCUGGUUUGGCUAUGAGAGUCCUAGAAGCUUCUGGGAUUAUAUCCGCGUGGUCUGCAGCAAGGUGCCUCACAGCUGCAUCAGCAGCAUUGAGAACAUGGAGAACGUCCGCACGUCCCGGGCCAAGGGCCGAGCUUGGAUCAGAGUGGCUCUCAUGGAGAAGCGUCUCUCUGAGUACAUAUCCACAGCGCUCAAGGACUACAGAACCACCAGGCGCUUCUAUGGUGAGGGGUCCGUCGUCCUGGGAGAAGAGGCGGGGCUGCUGGCAGACAUGCUGAUUGGGCUGAAUGCCAUCGACUUCAGCUUCUGCCUGAAGGGGGAGACACUGGAUGGCAGCUGCCCGGCUGUUAUCGACUACACCCCCUACCUGAAGUUCACCCAGAGGUACGAAAGCGUUGACAGCAUCAGCAGUGACGAGGAGGAGAUGAGGACCUUGGGCAGCAGCGGCAGUGAGGCCAGCACCCCAGAAACAGGAGGCUCCGCCCUCCUCCUGGACCAGAGCAGCUGGUUUAACAAGUGCCGGAGGGUGGAGCAGAAGUACAGGGUGGCACUGGAGCAGAAGGGCUACCUGGAGGAGCUGGUGCGGCUGAGGGAGGCCCAGCUGUCGGAGUCGGUCUCCCAGAACAAAGUGCUCCUCCAGAGGCUGGCCGAGGCCGACCUGAGUCACAAGCUGGAGAAGGAGCAGCUGGAAUACAUCGUGCUGGAGCUGCAGGACCAGCUGACUGUGCUGAAGAACCACGACCGGCAGUCCAGGCAAGAACUCACGGCUCACCUCACCAAGCAGUGGCCAUCGCCGGGAUCUCUCGACGCCAACGCCGUCGCCCUGGAUACGCUGCUGUACAGGAAGGGCACCGGCCAAUGGGAAGAGUGGGUGUCUCAGGCUUCUGGGAAGAGUUUCCAGAGUUUGGACCAGCUGUCAGCUGACAUGACCCUGUCCCAGACGUCGCUGGACCCGGCUCACACACAGGACCUGGAGCCCAAGCCGGGCCGUUCCCGCUGGUUUAGUGAAGGCAAAGAAGACACCCCCUCGCUACGUGGCCUGUGUGGAUCUCUGACGUCCGUCGCCAGCUACAAAUCCCUGGCCAGCCUGAAGUCCACUGAGUGCCUUGUGAGUCCCAGCGCGGAGAUGAUCAGCCCAGGGCUCAUGCCCCCCUGAACACUAUCUGGCCGUAGCCUCCCCCCCCCCCCCCG